AUGUCCACAGUAACACAAAAGACUGACGCUGAACCCAACAGUAAUGAACCGCCCAAACUUAAUUUUGACCUGUUGAAGCCAGAGAAUCUUCCUAGUCUGUCAAAAGAUUGGCCAGAGCAACCAGUUGAUAUUUUGUUGGUGACAGGGGAAAAACACGAACUUUUAAGCUGUCUCUCUCAUUUAGAUAAAGAAUCGAUGUACAAAAGCUAUAAAAUGGCUAUUGGACAUGUGUUCUUUGGCAAAAUUGGUACUAAACAAAAAGACUUAAUGAAAAUCGCUGUAAUGGAAUGCCAUGUGGGGGCUAUAGAUACCUCUAUUGCCGUAUUAAAAGCUGUUGAAGAGUUGUGUCCUAAAGCUGUAAUUUGCGUUGGAUUCUGUGGUGCUUUGGAUGACACGAAAAUAAACUUAGGAGAUGUGGUAAUUUCGAAAAAGGUGAGAACAUAUGCAUCAGUAUCAGUAAUGGAGGAAGGCAUUAAGGAUCACAACAUUGCUGUUUCGGUAUCCGCAAAAAUUGGAGGAGUAUUAAUACGAGCAGAUGACGGUUGGAAACCACCUUUGGAAAAUCCAGAGGAAUUUCAUCCGACAAUAUAUAAGGAAGGUGUGUUUUUGAGUGGUCCAGAGCAGGUUAAUAAGAAAAAACGAUGUGACGAGCUAGUCAAGCUUUUUCCGGAUGCUGUUGCUAUAGAAAGACAAGGUGAAGGUAAGAGGUUUGAAAGUUUAGGAAAUCCCAAAUGUAUGUUCCCCAUACAUGGACUGAAAACCUCAAAAUAUCACCAUACAAAUUUAUAAGACUUGCAUUCAGAUUACAGAGUUUAAAGUACUAUUAAUAUUUUGCCUUGCAAAUUAAAGGUAAUAGGAAAAUAUGAAUUCGUCUUAAAAGCUACAUGUAAUCUUGAUUUGAGGCUUUUUAGUUUCAUUAUAGUUUUUUAUAUAGUCGUCCAUUGAUUGUAAAACUGUACAAUAAUUCUCCUUCAUAUCUUUAAAAUACAAGAAUACCGUAAAUUUCCAGAUUUAAGCUCCUCAUUGUACCAUAAUCUCUCUUUUAAGCCGCCUCACGUGUGAACUGCUGAUUAUGCAUGCAAAAAUGAAUUUGACUAUUGGCAAUGACCGAUGACACGAGUGAUUCAGUUGGCAAAUAAUUCAUUAAUAGUCUAUUAAUUAAUUGAUUAUUAACUUUUAAUGAAAUGAUCUGUGGUCAAGUGUACCUCGGCUCGAUAGAUUCUUAGAAUCUAGCUCAAGGUCAGGGUGCAAAGAAAAUCAUUUUCACAGCUUGCCAUUCGGGCAGGCUGAAGCUAACAUCUACUAGCCCAGACGUCAUUUCAACUUUUAAGCCCCAAAAACGUCUUGACUAGCAGAAUUGACUUCACAGUUCUUCUGUUAUUCGAAUUCCUCAAAAAACAUCACUUGCCCGUUGUGCAAGUUAAAAACAGAAUUCACUAGCCUGAUAGCAAAAUCCACUAGCCCCGGGCUAUCGGACACUACUUUCUUUGCACGCUGAAGGUACACUUGACCACAGGUCAUUUCAUUAAAUUUUUGCAAGAAAUAUUAUAGCUAUUGCUCUAGAAUAUGAGAACAACACUUCUUGUAAAUUAAAUGUGCACAAGUUUUAUUGACUGUAGUUAUUAUGGUUUGGUAAAACUAGUAUUGAAAGUAAUUAAAAUUGCCUCAGUUAAUUAUUUUAAUUCCAUUGGAUUGGAAACAAACAAAUAUGAUAUGAAUUUUAAAUUAUUUCUGCUCAUAGGAGUAUACUAAUUAAAAGUAGUUGUUUUAGACCAUGAGAGCCAUCGCUAAACUUGUGACACAGAUGAUGCAAUAUCUGCAAAUGUCAAUGUUAGAGGGCAGAGUCUGAGGUUAUGCCCUCAGAAACUUUUGAAAUCUAGAUGAAGCUCUGAAAUGCUACUACUAGUUUUUCUUACGAUAUUUCUUGAGUGAAAAUCAAUCUCAUUUAAGUACAUUGGGAUACUUUUUUCUAUUUAAACAUACAUAAAAAUAUACAAUCAAACCCCUUUAAAUUAUAUGGACAAUGAGUGGGCCAUAAUGGGGUGUCCAUAUUAAUACAAAUAUCAACCUUCCAAUCACACACUACCAACUCUAUGCAUAUGGUUGGUAUGGCCAUGGCCUGUGUACCUUGUGCAUAGGCACAGCCAUGUCACACACGGGCUUUGGCAGCAGCCAUUGAUAGCCAUUUAAAGCGGGUUGAAUUUAGAGAAAAUGUAAGGGCCUUUCUUGAAUUCCCCAGGGACAAAGCAAAUUGCAUGUCCUUAAUUAAUGAGGUGUCCGUAUUAAGUGGUUGUCCGUAAAACGGAGUUUAUUGACUGUAUAUAUAUAUAUAUAUAUAUGUGUGUGUGUGUGUGUUUUUUAAUGUGGUUAAAAUCUAGACGAGGGAAGUCCUUCUUUUAAAGAGAUAACUAGCUUUGAACAAAGUUUUGUCUUUUUUAAACUCAUGAUUGAAUUAUUUGACAAUUCUCAGCUCUGUUGAACUCCUUGCUAACAAACGUAAAACUUUCUUUUAAGGUCUAUACUCAGCCGCACACGAUCGCGGCAUACAAUGGGCUGUUAUAAAAGGGGUCUCUAACUUCAUAGAUGGCAGGGAACGUGGAAACACAGAUUCUUGGAGAGAAUUUGCAAGUGCUUUGGCAGCAUCUUUAACGUUUAAUAUGAUCAAAGACGCCAAUGUUUUUAAUAGGUGGCGUCAUCAUGAAAGUGAGUAUACUAACAUUUAGUAGGGUGCUAAGGUGGCUGUUACAGUACAGUUCACUAGCUUAAGUAAUUACCAAAUGGUUUGAUGUUGUUAGACAGGAAUCAGAAGAAUAAUUCCGACAAUGGAGAAGAAUUUAUAAGAAAAAACAGGGCUGAUUAAGUAAUUCCCCUGGAAUACAAAAUCACAAAGGAAACCAGGUUUGGCUAAAAUUCAGUCAUAAUUAAAAAAAUCUGCUGUUAUAUAAAUCCCACCAACAGUUCACCCACGAACUUAAUUAAAUUAAAGAAGAAAUUGGAUUAUAUUUGGUUUUACACUAAGCGAAGUAAAAAAAAAAUUGAAAAAUCAUGCAAAUUAAGUUCCUUUCUUUUUCAUGUGAGAAAACAUUCCCCUCCAAAAUUGGAUCAAAAGAAUACCUCCUGAUCACUUAGCUAUAAAGAGUCUAUCUAAUUUUAAUCUAUUUUUGCUUAGUGAUGUGAACGUGGAUCUUAGUUUAUACAUGCAUUUUCUGUAAAAAAGAAUUUAUUUUUGCUUUAAUAGGCCAAUCACAAGAAAGCCGGUCAAAGAAAAAAGAGUCAUGGGGUGGUCACCAGGGCAGCAAACGAGUUGAAUCACAAACCAGACCCUUGGUAGGUAGGGUUGACAACAGGACUUUAAUUUGGAGGCAUUAAAUAAAUGCAUUAAACUAUACUCUCACUAAAUACCUCUGAUAGCUGAAUUUUCCUGAUGCAAGCUUUUAGGGGGUCUGCUUUUAGGCUUGUUUUGUAUGCAGUUGUGAUGUUUGAAUCUGUAGACAAAAACCGUGCUGUGACCAUUCAAAUAAAACCUUUUAAGUGGCACUCUCUCUUGCUACCAUAAUUUGGUCUGAAUAUACUCUUUCUAAUUUUUGAGUCUGUGGAUGAAAUUGAAAGGAUGUGACUAUUUAAACAAAACCUAUUUGCAUGCAUGGUACUAUUUUUUUUUUUUUUUACAAAAUUAAUUGGGGAUUAAAGUCAUAUUUUUUUCCUUUUGGCCUGACCUUUACAGUCAAGCCUGCCGUCAAACAUACCCCCCAAGAUUCUGCUAAUGAAUAUUUGUUUUAAAGUUGAAUAUGCUAGUAGGGUGUAGAUUUCAGCUUCAUCUCGACAUCCCUGCAAUUGUAAUAAGCAGUGAAUUCACGAUCAAAGUAGUUCUGAAAUUUCUGCUAGCUCAUUUUUCUUGAAUUACAGUCACUUUGAUAUAAAUGUCUUCAAAGCAAUUUUAUCUAUUCAAAGAUUUUUCAUUAAUGUAGGAAUGCAGAUUUGAAUUCAAUACUGGUUGCGGCAAUGCCGGUAAUAGAUUCAUUUUUCAAAUAAUCGAUUCAUUAAUGGCAUCUUUUAGGGUACGCUUGGCCUGGUGUGACAGUGAGUGUAUAGUAUAUAGUGUAUAGUGUAUAUUUAUUGUAAAUAAGAAACUGAAUGCAGGUAGCUGCUGACUGUAGUUAAUACAUGUAGUAUAAUCAUCUGAGUGAUGAUACAGUAACAUUUAUAAAGGAGCAUGCACCUCAGAAAUACAUAUAUAUUAAAUACAGUCUACACUGUGCCACUUACUGCAGAUGCUAACUUAUAAAACUUUGUCUGAGGAUAGUACGUGUCACGGGUUUUGUGCAAAUCUUAGAUUUCCAUGGCAAAACUAAUGCAGGGGGCUACUGGGCAAUGUUAGUCUUACCAAAAUAAUAGGUGUGAUAAUAGAGUUUAAAAGGUUGCAUCUGCUUCUAAAUAAGGAAAAUUUUAUAGCAGAGAUGAUGAUGAUGAUGAUGUGGACAAUGAUGAUUGUGGAAGGCGUAAUGAUGGUGAUGAUUAAGAUGAUAUUUAUUAUGAAGAUGAUGUUGCUGUGAUAAAGUUGUAUGAUAAUGAAAAAAUGAAAAGUUUUUAUCUUUUUCUUUGAAAACCUGGUUCAAGUACAGCCAGCUCCAUGUGCCACGUGUACUGGUACCUUGCCUACAGCAGCUCAGACUCAAAUGACAGUAGUUCCUCAAGCUCAGCCAUCAGUCUUGAUGCAGGUCCCUAUAUAUAACCCUAACAAUCAAGUGCUGUAUGCUGCACCUGGUGCAAUACCAGUGCACGGUAUUGUCCCUCAAGUGGUGGCACAAAAUCCAACUCAGCACCAGUCAGGCAUGGUAGCAACAGCUCUUAGUCCUGCCGUUCCUAGUGUCCCUGAGCCUGGACAGGUGGAUGUCAAUACAGCUGCACCACAUGGUGUGCCUGCAGUACAAGCAGUUGUAAGUGACAUUAUUCUCUGAGGCCCCCCGCCGAUUCCCACCAGGAUCACCUGCAUCUCACACAUGAUUUUGGUUUUGUGGUAAUUCUGUACUAUUGACCCAAAAUAUCUUUUAAACAUUUCAUGUUCCCUGGAUUUUCACUUCCUGAUACCUUGUAAUGCAACGUUUUUUCAAGGUACAUUAACAAAGCACGAUCAUUAAUAAUUUUUAUUCUUGUGAUUCAGGAUGGUCUCAAGGUAUAGCCUGUUCCAGGCACUUAGAUAGUAGAGCGCGGGAGAAAAACCCACGAAAAAAAAAAUUGAGGGGAGAAUAGGAAAAGGAGGGGUUGUUUACAGGCGUUCCCUCGCUUUUAUCCCAUUCUCCCCUUUUUAGUAAAAUGUGCAGAAAAUAUCCGGACAGAACAGUUUCCUAAAUCAAUAGCUUCAUGUAUAGCUUGCAUUGAAUGAAUCAAUGCGUGCACUGUAGAGUGCCCACAUGGCAUCCAUACGGACGUGGGUCAAUAAUAUCAGACACCUGUCCUAAAAGUCUUUUUUUUGUAAAUUCUUCUAGUACUUUUGCUAGACAGCUAGUAAGUGCAAUUGGUCUCAAGUCCGAUUUGAUGUUUUGAGGGGGCAAACUCUAGGGACUGGUGAGAUAAUUGACCGUUUUAAAGUGUCACGCACAAAGUCCUCUCUCAAUGAUUGAUUGUAAAUAUCUAGGAUUACCACAGGCGUCUCAAGCUCACGUUACGAGUGUGUUAUGUCAAUAAACUUUCUCUCAAGAGAGUCGGUGUCGCGUUACAAGCAGCCGUUGAGACUUUAUAUUAUGAGAAAUAAAAUACUGAGGUCUGCGAACGCUAAACAUCAUUAUUCUUACUUAUUCUUCUAUAAAAUCAAUAAAGAAGACUUACCUUUGAUGUAUUCUUGUGUUUUUUAUGUGAAUUCAUCGAUUUUGUCAGGUUUUUUGGCUGUUAUUUUUUGACCCCUGUCACUCUCUUCACAAUACAAAGUAAUACAAAAAAACAUCAAUUUGACUAGCCAACUCUGCAGGACUAGUGAUGAUGUCAGGUAGGAAUUGAUGGUACCAUUCAUGUGUCCUGUCCUGUAAGGGAUUUGAUGUCAUGCCACAUUUCUUGCAGUUAGUUUGAGACAGACUUGCUGUUUUCCCUCAACUUCACACAAAAACCUUUUGUCAGGCCUUUUUUUGUGCUCUGUUUUUCAAGUUGACAUUAUUGUAAACAAACUCAAUUUGUUGUCAUUGUUACACUGUUUGCUUUUACUGUUUUACUGUUUUUUAAUCCCCUUGUUUAAAUAAUGAAAUAUAAUUCAGUUAACAUCUCCCAUUUUUCUGUGCUGUCCGUUUACACCCUUGACUGAAUUUUAACAUAUAUUCUAUAUUUAGCAGGUGCAACAACAGCAGCAGCAGCAGCAAAAACAACAGCAGCUGGGCGUGUUACCCCGUUUGAUGGAUAUAGUACCAGGAGCUCCUCACCAACGGUCUCCUUCUGUUGUCAAAGCAACAGGAGCCCCUACUAAUGCACGUUCUGUUUUCCCUGAUGCCAGUGUGGCACCGCAGCAUUCUGCCACACCAGUGGUGUCCAAUAAUCCACGAGCAUCACAGUUAGUAAGUAAAGGAGGGUAAAAGAGGGUACUAUUCAGACGAGUCGCUAUGUCGGUGCAAUAUUUUUUUAGCCGUUAACGAAGUUUAGCAAAGCCAACGGUCAUGGCCUCUUUCUUGAAAGUCCUGUUAACCGUUUGGGAGCGUAGGACGCAGUUCGAGAUUCAAAGAGUCAUGAUCAGACAUUGAUUUCACUUGCAUCGUGAUGUGAAUGUAUUCGUUUCAGGAGGAAAUUACAUCCAGAACAUCUCCUUUUUUGUUUUUCUUUCUUUCUGUGUUAUUUUUAGAGGUGCUGAAGAUGCAUUAUUCUUUGAGCAUUAGUCUAACAGAUUUUCUGUAGACAGAUUUUUUGGACAUUUUUUGGGGCGUCGGGGGAGAGACGUCGAUCAAACUCGACGUUAAAAGAUCUGAGUUCAUCUAUUACUAUUGAGUGGUCUAUGAUAUCAAAACCUUUAGUAAAAUCUGCAAAAAAUAUUCGGACAGAACAGUUUCCUGCAUCAGUAGCUUCAUGUAUAGCUUGCAUUAAAUAACUCAAUGCGUGUACUGUAGAGUGCCCAUGGCGCGCAUAUUGACGUGGGUCAAUAGUAUCAGACACCUGUCCUAAAAGUCUUUUGUUUGUAAAUCCUUCUAGUACUUUUGCCAGACAGCUAGUAAGUGCAAUUGGUCUCAAGUCCGAUUUGAUGUUUNGCGUCGGGGGAGAGACGUCGAUCAAACUCGACGUUAAAAGAUCUGAGUUCAUCUAUUACUAUUGAGUGGUCUAUGAUAUCAAAACCUUUAGUAAAAUCUGCAAAAAAUAUUCGGACAGAACAGUUUCCUGCAUCAGUAGCUUCAUGUAUAGCUUGCAUUAAAUAACUCAAUGCGUGUACUGUAGAGUGCCCAUGGCGCGCAUAUUGACGUGGGUCAAUAGUAUCAGACACCUGUCCUAAAAGUCUUUUGUUUGUAAAUCCUUCUAGUACUUUUGCCAGACAGCUAGUAAGUGCAAUUGGUCUCAAGUCCGAUUUGAUGUUUUGAGGGGGCAAACUUUAGGGACUGGUGAUAUAAUUGACCGUUUUAAAGGGUUAGGCACAAACUCGUCUCUCAAUAAUUGAUUGUAAAUAUCUUGGCCUAGGGUGCUAAUUCGAGUGCGAAUUGCUUUAACAUCUUGUUCGAUAUCUGGUCCCAUCGCUUUAUGUGUAGACAAUUUGAGCAAGUCGGACGAACCUCUUCUAAGGAAACAAUUAAAUCUAGUGGAACUACGUUGGAAGGAGUUUGGGCUUGCAUCAAGGUUUCGAACUCCUGAGUUGUACCAGUGAAAAAAACAUUAAUUUGAGUAGCCAGCUCUGCUGGACUAGUGAUGACAUCACUUAGGAACUGAUGGUAGCAUUCCCGCUUACCAAAUGUGCCCUCUCCUCUCAGGGAUUUGAUGUCAUGCCACAUUUCGUGGGGUUAGUUUGAGCCAGACUUGCUGUUUUCCCUCAUCUUUACAAAAAAAACUUUUGCCAGCGCAUUUUUUUGCUCUGUUUUUCAAGUACACAUCAUUGUGAAGAAACUCAAUUUGUUGUCAUUGUUACACUGUUUUCUUUUCCUGUUUUACUGUUUUUUAUCCCCUUGUUUAAAUAAUGAAAUAUAAUUCAGUUAACAUCUCCCAUUUUUCUGUGCUGUCCGUUUACACCCUUGACUGAAUGUUUCCAUAUAUUCUACAUUUAGCAGGUGCAACAACAGCAGCGGCAGCAACAACAACGACAACUGGGCGUGUUACCCCGUCUGAUGGAUAUAGUACCAGGAGCUCCUCACCAACGGUCUCCUUCUGUUGUCAAAGCAACGGGAGCCCUUACUAAUGCACGUUCUGUUUUCCCUGAUGCCAGUGUGGCACCGCAGCAUUCUGCCACACCAGUGGUGUCCAAUAGUCCACGAGCAUCACAGUUAGUAAGUAAAGGAGGGUAAAAGAGGGUACUAUUCAGACGAGUCGCUAUGUCGGUACAAUAUUUUUUUUAGCCAUUAACGAAGUUUAGCAAAGCCAACGAUCAUGGCCUCUUUCUUGAAAGUCCUGUUAACAGUUUGGGAGAGUAGACGCAGUCCGAGAUUCAAAGAGAUAUGACUAGAUAUUGAUUUUACUUGCAUCGUGAUGUAAAUGUAUUCGUUUAAGGGGGAAAUUACAUCCAGAACCUCUCCUGUUUUGUUUUUGUUGUUUCUUUCUGUGUUAUUUUUAGAGGUGCUAAAGAUGCGUUAUUCUUUGAGCAUUAGUCUAACAGAUUUUCUGUAGACGGAUUUUUUUGGACAUUUUUUGGGGCGUCGGGGAGAGACGUCGAUCAAACUCGACGUUAAAAGAUCUGAGCUCAUCUAUUAAUAUUGAGUGGUCUAUGAUAUCAAAACCUUUGGUAAAAUCUGCAAAAAAUAUCCGGACAGAACAGUUUCCUGAAUCAGUAGCUUCAUGUAUAGCUUGCAUUAAAUAACUCAAUGCGUGCACUGUAGAGUGCUCAUGGCGUGCAUAUUGAUGUGGGUCAAUAGUAUCAGACACCUGUGCUAAAAGUCUUCUGUUUGUAAAUCCUUCUAGUACUUUUGUCAGAAAGCUAGUAAGUGCAAAUGGUCUUAAGUCCGAUUUGGCGUUUUGAGGGGGCAAACUUUAGGGACUGGUGAUAUAAUUGACCGUUUUAAAGGGUUAGGCACAAACUCGUCUCUCAAUAAUUGAUUGUAAAUAUCUUGGGCUAGGGUGCUAAUUCGAGUGCGAAUUGCUUUAACAUCUUGUUUGAUAUUCCAUCUGGUCCCACCGCUUUAUGUGUAGACAAUUUGCGCAAGUCGGAUGAAACUUUUCUAAGGAAACAAUNAAACCUUUGGUAAAAUCUGCAAAAAAUAUCCGGACAGAACAGUUUCCUGAAUCAGUAGCUUCAUGUAUAGCUUGCAUUAAAUAACUCAAUGCGUGCACUGUAGAGUGCUCAUGGCGUGCAUAUUGAUGUGGGUCAAUAGUAUCAGACACCUGUGCUAAAAGUCUUCUGUUUGUAAAUCCUUCUAGUACUUUUGUCAGAAAGCUAGUAAGUGCAAAUGGUCUUAAGUCCGAUUUGGCGUUUUGAGGGGGCAAACUUUAGGGACUGGUGAUAUAAUUGACCGUUUUAAAGGGUUAGGCACAAACUCGUCUCUCAAUAAUUGAUUGUAAAUAUCUUGGGCUAGGGUGCUAAUUCGAGUGCGAAUUGCUUUAACAUCUUGUUUGAUAUUCCAUCUGGUCCCACCGCUUUAUGUGUAGACAAUUUGCGCAAGUCGGAUGAAACUUUUCUAAGGAAACAAUUAAAUCUAGUGGAACUACGUUGGACGGAGUUUGGGCUUGCAUCAAGGUUUCGAACUCCUGAGUUAUACCAGUGAAAAAAAAACAUUAAUUUGAGUAGCCAACUCUGCUGGACUAGUGAUCGGUGAUGACAUCACUUAGGAAUUGAUGGUAGCAUUCUCGCUUACCAAAUAUGUCCUCUCCUCUCAGGGAUUUAAUGUCAUGCCACAUUUCUUGGGGUUAGUUUGAGCCAGACUUGCUGUUUUCCCUCAUCUUUACAAAAAAACCUUUUGCCAGCGCUUUUUUUUCUCUGUUUUUCAAGUGGACAUCAUUGUGAAGAAAGUCAAUUUGUUGUCAUUGUUACACUGUUUGCUUUUACUGUUUUACUGUUUUUUUAUCCCCGUGUUUAAAUAUCGAAAUAUAAUUUAGUUAAGAUGUUGCAUUUUUCUGUGCUGUCCGUUUAUACCCUUGACUGACUGUUAACAUAUAUUCUAUAUUUAGCAGGUGCAACAACAGCAGCAGCACCACCAACAACGACAAUUUGGCCUGUUACCCCCUCUGAUGGAUAUAGUACCAGGAGCUCCUCGCCAACGGUCUCCUUCUGUUUUCAAAGCAACAGGAGCCCCUACUAAUGCACGUUCUGUUUUCCCUAAUGCCAGUGUGGCACCUAAGCAUUCUGCCCCACCAGCGGUGUCCAAUAGUCCACGAGCAUCACAGUUAGUAAGUAGAGGAGAGUAAAAGAGGGUACUAUUCAGACGAGUCGCUAUGUCGGUACAAUAUUUUUUAGCCAUUAACGAAGUUUAGCAAAGCGAAAUGUCAGGGCCUCUUUCUUGAAAGUCCUGUUAAUAGUUUGGGAGCGUAGACGCAUUUUGAGAUUCAAAUAGUCAUGAAUAGACAUUGAUUUUACUUGCAUCGUGAUGUGAACGUAUUCGUUUGAGGGGGAAAUUACAUCCAGAACCUCUCCUGUUUUGUUUUUGUUGUUUCUUUCUGUGCUUUUUUUAGAGGUGCUAAAGAUGCAUUGUUCUUUGAGCAUUAGUCUAACAGAUUUUCUGUAGACGGAUUUCUUGGACAUUUUUUGAGGCAUCGUGGGAGAGACGUCGAUCAGAGAGAGUUUGAUCGACGUUAAAAGGUCUGAGUUCAUCUGUUAAUAUUGAGUGGUCUAUGAUAUCAAAACCUUUAGUAAAAUCUGCAAAAAAUAUCCGUACAGAACAGUUUACUGAAUCAGUAGCUUCAUGUAUAGUUUGCAUUAAAUAACUCAAUGCGUGCACUGUAGAGUGCUCAUGGCGCGCAUAUUGACGUGGGUCAAUAGUAUCAGACACCUGUCCUAAAAGUCUUUUGUUUGUAAAUCCUUCUAGUACUUUUGCCAGACAGCUAGUAAGUGCAAUUGGUCUCAAGUCCGAUUUGAUGUUUUGAGGGGGCAAACUUUAGGGACUGGUGAUAUAAUUGACCGUUUUAAAGGGUUAGGCACAAACUCGUCUCUCAAUAAUUGAUUGCAAAUAUCUUGGGCUAGGGUGCUAAUUCGAGUGCGAAUUGCUUUAACAUCUUGUUUGAUAUUCCAUCUGGUCCCACCGCUUUAUGUGUAGACAAUUUGCGCAAGUCGGAUGAAACUUUUCUAAGGAAACAAUUAAAUCUAGUGGAACUACGUUGGACGGAGUUUGGGCUUGCAUCAAGGUUUCGAACUCCUGAGUGAAAAAAAAACAUUAAUUUGAGUAGCCAGCUCUGCAGGACUAGUCAUGACGACACUUACGAAUUGAUGGUAGCAUUCCCGCUUACCAAAUGUGUCCUGUCCUGUCAGGGAUUUGAUGUCAUGCCACCAUUUCUUGGAGUUUAGUAGUUUGAGCCAGACUUGCUGUUUUCCCUCAUCUUUACAAAAAAGCUUUUUGCCAACGGUUUUUUUGCUCUGUUUUUCAAGUAGACAUCAUCAGUGAUUGUGAAGAAAGUCAAUUUGUUGUCAUUGUUACACUGUUUGCUUUUACUGUUUUACUGUUUUUUAUCCCCUUGUUUAAAUAAUGAAAAUAAUAUAAUUCAGUUAAGAUCUCGCAUUUUUCUGUGUUGUCCGUUUAUACCCUUGACUGACUGUUAACAUAUAUUCUAUAUUUAGCAGGUGCAACAACAACAGCAGCAGCAACAGCAACAACGAGAACUGGGCAUGUUACCCUGUCUGAUGGAUAUUGUACCAGGAGCUCCUCACCAACGGUCUCCUUUUGUUGUCACAGCAACAGGAGCCCCUACUAAUGCACGUUCUGUUUUCCCUGAUGCCAGUGUGGCACCGCAGCAUUCUGCCACACCAGUGGUGUCCAAUAGUCCACGAGCAUCACAGUUAGUAAGUAAAGGAGGGUAA